GGCCGGGUCCGCGCGGCGUGGCGAUGAUGAACAGGUUCCGAAAGUGGCUGUACAAACCCAAGAGGUCGGACCCGCAGCUGCUCGCCCAGUUCUACUAUGCGGACGAGGAGCUGAAUCAGGUGGCCGCCGAGCUGGACAGUCUGGACGGGCGGAAGGACCCCCAGCGGUGCACGCUGCUUGUCAGCCAGUUCCGCUCCUGCCAGGACAACGUGUUAAACAUCAUUAACCAGAUCAUGGAUGUGUGCAUUCCCCAGGACCGGGCCCCGCGGGAUUUCUGCGUCAAGUUCCCUGAGGAAAUCCGGCACGACAACCUGGCAGGCCAGCUGUGGUUCGGUGCCGAGUGCCUGGCCGCUGGCUCCAUCAUCAUGAACCGUGAGCUGGAGAGCAUGGCCAUGCGCCCACUGGCCAAGGAGCUGACCCGCAGCCUGGAGGACGUGCGGGGCGCCCUCCGAGACCAGGCACUGCGCGACCUCCACACCUACACAGAGAAGAUGCGGGAGGCGCUGAGACACUUCGAUGUCCUGUUUGCCGAGUUCGAGCUGAGCUACGUCUCAGCCAUGGUGCCUGUGAAGUCCCCCAGGGAGUACUACGUGCAGCAGGAGGUCAUCGUGCUGUUCUGUGAGACCGUGGAGAGGGCCCUGGACUUCGGAUACCUGACCCAAGACAUGAUUGACGACUACGAACCGGCCCUCAUGUUCACCAUCCCCAGGUUGGCCAUCGUGUGUGGCCUCGUGGUCUAUGCAGAUGGACCUCUGAACUUGGACCGCAAGGCAGAAGACAUGUCCGAGCUAUUCCGGCCCUUCCACACGCUGCUGCGAAAAAUAAGGGACUUGCUACAGACCCUGACAGAAGACGAGCUUCACACGCUGGAAAGGAACCUCUGCAUUUCCCAGGACGUGGAGUUCCCCAUCCGGGCAGACACCCCGGUGCCCCCCGCCCUGACACCCGCCUUUCCCUCACCCCUCCCCACCGAGGAGCUGCUCUCAGCCAAGGCCAAGACCCCGGAGGCAGAGCUGGCCUGUUCCAUGCAGUACGACAGCCAGGAGCUAGAGCAGCUCGACCGCAUGGUCCACAGGGCAGGGGAUGAGAUGUCAUCCCUCCUCUCCCCGCCCAGUGCCUGCCAGUCUCCCGCACACCGGCCAGGGGUGGAGGGUAGCCCCCGUGGGGAGGCAUCCCCAGGCAGCGCUCGGCUGCGGCCAGGCAACGACGAGGAAGAAGGAAGGGUGUUCUUCAUGGAUGAUGUGGAGGGGGCUGCCGAGGCCCCAGGAGGCCCAUCUGGGUGGGCAGGCAGUGCCUGCACUGACCCCCAGGAGAGAGGGCCAGGCGGAGGGCACGGAGAGGCCAGGGGUAGCGGUCCCUCCAAGGCAGAGGAGGGGGACAUGAGCAAUAACAACGAUGUCCCUCAUGACAAGAUGUGGGCGCUGGGUCCCAACUCCUGCAGCUGCCUGGAUGCGCAGCCGCACCUGGAUGGCUGGGAGGGGGGUGGGGACGCUGCGCAGACGGCUGAGAUGAUCGCCCACCGGACCGGGGGCAUGAAACUCUCAGCUACUGUCAUCUUCAAUCCCAAAUCAACCCCUGUAGGGGGCUCUGCCGUCACCACCCCGGAAGCCUCUGAAGACGGCAUCUCCCUGUCGGGGCCUGUGGCCCAGGGGACACACAGUGGCUCCCACAAACUCAGUACUGCGGCCACCAGCUGCCUCCUUAACUCCUGCGUGUGCUGUGGGGGCUGUGGCGGCGGCAGGGAGGAUGGCGCCGCCCAGAGUCUACAUGACAAGUGUGGCCCCAGAAGUGUCAUUAGCGCCUCUUACGUCGGCUCUGCCAAGGCCAGCGCCAAGGGCUCUGCUGAGAGAUGGGAGGAGGCCCUGCCUGUGCCAGAGGCAUUGCCCUCAGAGGACGCCUCUACUUCCAAGUGCCUGACACACACCUCGGGGCCUCAGCUGGACACAGUGGACAGGUCACCUGGAGCGGCCAAUGGUGCAAGUCCAAAAAGGGAGCCUCAGGCUGGACCGCCGGAUUCGGGGCAGCCGUCGAAGGCCAGGGUGGAAAGUCCGCAGGGAGAGGCGGCCGAGGAAGAGCCUCAGCGCCUGUCAGACUCCAGUGGCUCCACGGACCAGGCCGGGUUGGAAGCCGCCUCCUCGACCACAAGAGAGAAGAUCCGGUCCAGGUUCCAUGGCAGCCACGACCUCAUCCACCGCCUGUUUGUUUGCAUUUCAGGGGUGGCUGACCAGUUGCAGACGAACUAUGCCAGCGACCUGAGGAGUAUUCUCAAGACCCUUUUUGAGGUCAUGGCCACCAAGCCGGAAACAGAUGACAAGGAGAAGUUAAAGAAGGUCACCCAAAGCCUGAGGAGUGCAGCCUUAGAGGACUGUGCUCUGUGCCAGGAGACCCCAUCGUCUUCCGAACUGGCGGCCAAGAGCCGAGAUGGGGACUUGGAAGAUCCACCGGAAUGGGUCCCCGACGAGGCGUGUGGCUUCUGCACAGCCUGCAAAGCGCCCUUCACUGUCAUCCGCCGGAAGCACCACUGUCGCAGCUGUGGGAAGAUCUUCUGCUCGCGCUGCUCCUCGCACUCAGCGCCGCUGCCGCGCUAUGGGCAGGUGAAGCCAGUGCGCGUGUGCACGCACUGCUACGUGUUCCACGUCACGCCCUUCUACAGCGACAGGGCGGCCAUCUGACUCGCCCUGCACCCCGCAGCUGCCAGGGCCCUGCGACUCCCGAGCCGCCGCUGGCCGCACCAGGAUCACUAUGCG